GAAUAACUUCUUGCAAUGAACACAUUUGGUAUAUAAUGGCGUAUUCUACAUCUGCAUUGUAUGUUCGACUACUAUCGCAAAAUGUGAAGCCGGCGGCAAGUUGUUAUACUGUGUUCGGCACUGGUAAUUGCUUCCACCACGCCAAGGUACACAAACACCUCGGUUCGUUUAUGCAAAGGAAUUUAGCUGUGUAUGGGCAUCGAAUAGGUGCUUUUCAAUGCACUUCACGUUCCUGGGUGUGUACCAGUGCGGUACCUAGUGACCUUCCUGCGAGUGAAACUGAUGCAUCCCAUGAUCUGCAAUUCUAUGAUUACCGAUCGCAUCAGUUACUGAAGCGUUCUUUCGGGAGUAUUGUAAAGAUAUAUUGUGAUUCUACAGAUCCCAAUUAUGCUCAACCAUGGCAGAUGCGUCGUCAGCUAAAGUCCAUAGGCUCGGGUUUUGCUAUAUCUAAUCGUAUGGUACUCACCAAUGCCCAUUGUGUAUCGUGGCACAACAGAUGUCUAUUACGUAAGCAUGGCUCCACUAUUAAAUUCCCAGGCCGCAUAGUUGCGAUAGGCCAUGAGUGUGAUUUAGCCAUUAUUCACGUGGAUUCAGAAGAGUUUUGGGAGGGCGUUGAGCCUUUAGAGCUUGGCGAGGUGCCAAGUUUACAUGAUGCUGUUACUGUGGUUGGUUACCCAGCUGGUGGUGACAAUCUAUGUAUCACCUCGGGUGUUGUUUCUCGGGUAGAUGUCACCACAUAUGCUCAUUCCAACUUUCGUUUGUUAUGUGCUCAAAUUGACGCUGCUAUAAAUGCUGGCAAUUCCGGUGGUCCUGCUUUGAAGGAUGGCAAGGUCAUCGGUGUUGCUUUCCAGGCGUACGAUGAAGCCCAGAACAUUGGUUACAUAAUUCCAACAUCAAUUGUGCGUCAAUUUUUACGUCAACUUGAAAUUCACAACCGUUACACUGGAUUUGUCACUAUCGGUAUAACAUACCAGUUAUUGGAGAAUCCCGCUCUCCGAUCAUUUGUUGGUUUGGACCAGAUUAAUGCUUCUGAACUUCCCGAAGGUAUAACUGCUACUGGCAUAUUAGUAUGCCAGUGUGAUAAGGUUCCUAGGCCCGGCGACCGGCUUCAAACUAGGGAUGUUAUUUUAGCCAUUAAUGGCCAUGACGUGGCUGACGACGGCACUGUGCACUUUAGGGACGUGGAACGAGUUCACCUGGCAUAUGCACUGACUAAUAAGUUUACUGGUGACCCUUGCGAGGUGGUUGUGCUUCGUGAUGGCGUGGUGAAGACCCUGGUUGUUCAUUUACAAAGGCCUAGUUACUUGGUACCGGAACACCAGUGGGAGGUCAUGCCUCGUUACUAUAUAUUCGGUGGCCUUGUAUUUGUACCGCUGACUAUGGAGUACCUUAAGGAUGAGUUUGGUAAAAAGUUUUACGAGCGAGCUCCGAGUGCAUUGCUGAAGCCAUUGAGUGAUAUAUUUGCUGACGAAUCAGGCCAGGAGGUGGUAGUACUAAGCCAGAUUCUAGCGUCAGACAUAACUGUUGGUUACGACUUUAGAAAUGUCCGUUUAGAGGCUGUUAAUGGUCAUUCCGUGAGGAACUUGAAGCAUCUUGAGUACUUGUUGCAAAACACCCUCAGGGACUCACCUUACCUCACUUUUAAAUUCGACGGCGAGGUCAUUCUAGUGUUAGACCGCAUUAAAGCGGAGGAGUUGCAUCCACUUAUUUUGGAGCAACAUGCAAUUCCAGCUCACAAAUCUCGUGAAUUAUAGGUAUACCAAUGAUGG